AUGGGGCUCUGCCUCGGCUCCCGGGGCGCCGCGCAGCAGCGUGCAGCCCGCGGCCGCAGCCGCCGCAUCGAGCGGGAGCUGUACGAGCAGGCGAAGCGGGAGCUGGGCGCGGUGCGGAUCCUGCUGCUAGGCAGUGCAGAAAGUGGCAAGAGUACACUGGUGAAGCAGAUGAAAAUCCUCCACAGCCAGGGGUUCAGCCCAGAGGAGCUAGCCGACUUUAAGCCUGCCGUGUUGGACAAUCUGCUCAGCUCCAUGAAGUUUGUUCUCCACGGCAUGGGGACUCUGCACAUCGACCUGACAAACAGCAAGAAUCAGGUGCAUGCCCGCUCUGUGCUGUCCUGCAGACGCUGUUUGGAUGAGACCCAGAUGGUGCUUCCCUGGGUGUCAGAUGCUCUGGGCUGCCUCUGGGCUGAUGCUGGAGUGCAAGCAGCAACCAGGAGAGGCUACGAAUAUGGCCUCAAUGACACUGCAUUGUAUUUCUUUGAGAACAUGGAGCGGCUCGUCCACCCCGAGUUCCGGCCCACGCCAAACGACGCGCUGCGUGUCCGACUGCGCACAAGUGGCAUCGUUGAGACCCACUUCAGGAUCAAGGACCUGGUGUUCUGGCUCUACGAUGUGGGUGGGCAGUGCACUGAGCGCCGGAAGUGGCUCGGCUGCUUCGAGGACAUGCGAGCCGUGCUGUUUGUGGCGUCUCUCAGUGCAUACGAUGAGGCUCUCCCAGAGGAGCCAGCGCUGAAUCGGCUUCUGGAAAGCGUGAAGCUUUUCUCCUCUGUCUGCAACAACGUGUUCUUCCAAAGCACUUCCCUGAUCUUGUUUCUGAAUAAAAUCGACCUUCUCCAAGAGAAGAUCCUGCGCCUGGGCAGGCACCUGCGUCUCUUCUUUCCUCAGUACACAGGUGCAGACUGUGAUGUGGGUGCUGCAGCCCGAUUUAUCACCAGCCUCUUCCUGUCGUGCAAUGAGACCCCCCCAGAAAGUGAUCUACCACAGACGCACACAGCGUGCAGGGCGUAUUCCACAUGGUGA